CUAUUGCUAAAAAAAAUUGUUAAAGUAAGAAGCAAAGAUUUUCUAGUAUCAGACAAUUAUUGUAGGACGCAUAGUUAAUAUAAGACGCGUUGAUCAAUUAUUAAAAGUUUGAGUUAUAUAUUUAUUAACAAUUUGUGAUGAGCGGUCGUAAAAGAGGUAGACCGCCGAAAACACCCAAUGAGCGGGCUGGAGGCAAAUUUAAUUAUCAGCUUCUUAAAAAGCCGAAAUACUUGAGCAAAGCAAACGAUUCUCAAGUAAGUACGCCUUCAGCUUCACGUGCCUCUUCGCCACAGGAAAGUGAUGGCAGUCGAAUUAUAAGCCGCAAAUCCAAUAGAGGACGUGGACGAACUACAAGUUCAUAUUCAAAUAAAAGAAGCUACGAAUCUGAGUAUCAUUAUGGAUCAGAUUUUGGCGAUACUACGGAUAAAAGUGAUGAUGAUAUAUUAUUGUCAAACACUGAAGAAGAUAGUAUUGAUGGAAAUGAAAGUGAAUCAGAAUUCUCCGUUUGCAGUUUUACACAGGGUGGUGUUGGUAGACUUGCUAGGCCACCUAGCCCUGAUCCUAUUUGGCUGCAAGAUCGUGAAUUUAGCAGUCUGGAGUUACCUGAGUCCUCUCAGGAUCUCUUAAUUGAUAACAUACAAUUAAUGGACGCUCUUGGUGUAUACGAAGUACUAAGAAGAUUUCGGCAUUUAGUCCGGUUAUCACCAUUCCGAUUUGAAGACUUUUGUAUAGCUCUUGUAUGUGACGAACAGAGCGCCUUACUUACAGAUAUACAUAUUAUGCUUUUAAAGGCUAUACUUCGCGAGGAGGAUGCGCAAGGCACGCAUUUUAGUCCUCUUGAUCAAAAAGAUAGUGUAAAUAUAAGCCUUUAUUUAAUUGAUUCAAUUACUUGGCCGGAGGUUUUAAGAAGUUACGUUGAAAGUAAUGAAUUAUUCGAUAAGAACGUAUAUGAUAUAUUAUGUUCUGCGGAGUAUCCCUUUACUUCAUCAAUUAAUCGCAUUAAAGUCAUUCAGUUUCUUACCGAUCAGUUUUUAACUACAAACGCAAUUCGGGAUGUAAUGCUGCAAGAGGGUCCAAUACAUUACGAUGAUCAUUGCCGCGUUUGUCAUCGCUUAGGUGAUUUACUAUGCUGCGAAACUUGCCCAGCUGUCUAUCAUUUAGAAUGCGUAGAUCCACCGCUUUUAGAUGUCCCAACUGAGGAUUGGCAGUGUAAUCUUUGUAAAGCACAUAAAGUUUCUGGCGUAGUGGAUUGCGUUAUGCCUCAAGAAAAGCAAGGUGUGCUUAUCAGGCAUGAUAGCCUAGGCUUAGAUAGGCAUGGACGUAGGUUUUGGUUUAUCGCUCGUAGAAUUGUUAUCGAAGAUCAGUCUGGCAAAAAUAUUUGGUAUUAUAGUACAGUAUCAAAAUUUGAGUGCCUUCUAAAUAUUUUGGAUCAACACGAAUUAGAGGCUGGACUUUAUGCACAAUUAUGUGAACAAAAAGAUGAAAUCAUUCGUCAGUUAAAUAUAACUGCAUCUCUCACAAACGAACACAAAAAUAACAAAAAAACUUAUUUCGAAUUUGAGAAUUUCGUAGUGAAAGAUGAAAAUGCUAUGGAUGACGAUAGCGAUGAAUUUAAAAGUUACCAAAACACAAGUGCAGAAACAAAGGAAGAUAUCAAUUCUAAAUUGCAAGAGUUCAAAGCAAUUUCUCAACCAAAAUUGCACAAAGGUGCGCAUGGAGAUUAUUUCAAAUUAGGAAUGGAGAAUACAUUUAAGUCGUACGUUAAUCAAUAUGCAUCAAACUCUAUAGCCCUUAACAAACCGCAACGCAAUGAAGAGAGAGAUAAGCGACGUCAUUUAUCGCAUAAAUUUUCAUUGACUUCGGCAUCGGACUUUAAAUGGAUAGGCGCGACAAUGGGUACGAUUGAUAAUAUUAUAAUAACGUUGCGGCAAACAUUGAUCACGUUUGAGCAGAAUAUCGCAGCUGCCUUUCUCAAUCCAAAUUGGAAUGUUUUAAAGAAAAUAUGGACAUCAGCAGUUAUGAAUUGCCGCACGCCCACUGAAUUCGCUACUGUUUUGCUCUUAUUUCAGGCUUCGGUUAAGAGCGUUGUGUUUGCCAAUGUAUGGCAUGAACAGUUGGGUCAUACAACUUUAAGACGCAUAACUGCGGCUGAACGUGAAGAUCGCAAAAAAUCGGAAAAGCGUGAGAAGAGAGAACGCGAUGACGAAGAGGAACGAAAUCGGUUAGCACUUAAUUAUAUUAAAUAUACGCUUGGUCUAAAACAUCAGGUAUGGAAACAAAAGGGCGAGGAGUACAGAGUUCAUGGACAGUGGGGAUGGAUGUGGUUAUCAUCUAGCCGACGUUGCACUCGUUCGCGCCGCGUACCUACUGUAAGACAUAUUAUCUUGCCUCACAAAAUCAAUGUUCAUUACACAAAAAACGAGGAUAUAGAGGAAAUUGUGACCGUAGACCCGCGCACCUAUAAAUUUAUCUUACAAUGCGAGAAGUCCCGUUCUCAGGGUUUUGAUUACAAUUAUUUAGAGAACUACAAAGAUAUUAAAGUUCAACCUAUGAAUUGUGAAGAUAUUGCUCUUAUUGAUGUUUCAAAGUCUCUGAACAUGCCAGGAAGAUUAUUAUAUCCAAAAAUUGCAAAAAAAAGUUGUUUAGAUAAUUUACUAUCUCGUCGCGUACAAUUGAAAGAGGCCGAGGAGCAAUUAGGAAUUAAAGCGGAAGAACAUGAUAUUAAGGUGCCGUCCUCUCCAGCAUUCAGUUCAGCAGCACGUUCUCAUCAAACGUUUUUGGAAAAACGGCUCCUACGAUUAGAAUCGCAAAAGGCGCAUCAUCAUGCGGCAAAUAAAAAUGCGAAUAAUAAAAGCGUAAAUUUAGAUCUCGUUAACUCAUUAGCGAAAAAAAUACAAGUGGUGCGAUUACAAUUUAGUCAACUGAAUAGAUUCGCCAAACAAUACCGCUGUUAUACGAAGGAAUGUAAUACAAAUUCUAACGCUGUCUCCCAAAUAACCCAAAAUACGUGUUACUCGCCUUUAUGUAUGCAGAAGGCUCGGGCUAAGAAGGAAUUAUUGGUGCUUCUGCGGAAAGCACAUACUGCUGGAAACGGUUCUAAAGAAACAGUGGCUGCAAUCCUUGGUGCAGUUAAGAAACCUUCGAUAUUGGAGCAAAAGUUAAUGGAAGGCAAAAGAGAUUUGCUACCAUUUGAUGAAUCUGAUGACUAUAAAUGGUUGGACGAAAGCCCUUUGGACUUGUUGAAUGAUUGGGAGCAAGCUAGGAAUGUAGCGAUUGCUUACGAUGAGAAGCUAUUAAAAGAUUGCUUACUAUCAAAAGAAGAAAUGAUUGGGAUAACGAAAGUUGAAUCUGUGGAAAGUAGCAGAGAGGGGUUUGGUGGUGAAGAGAAAAUUGAUUUCAUAGACAAUUUGGAUGUAUGCAGUAAUGUUGAAAUAGAAAGUUCGGAAACAACAGUUGAUGGAUCACUUAAUGUAUCUUCAAAUAUGGCACCCGAAGAUGUCGGUCAGCAAUUUUCAAAGAAGAUUACAAAAACUCCUAAAAUAAAAGCCAAGGCAUAUAUUGGCACAAAAGAUAUGCUAGAUCAAACGAUGACCAAGGAUGUAGCGCAGAAAAAGCAAAACCGAAGAUUUCCCAUACUCCCGCGAACCACCAAACGUGAAGAUAUCAAAUAUGAAAAAGAAUUCUAUCCUAAUGGAAAAGAGAAAAUUUAUUCAAGCUCAUCUUGCCGAGGUCGCAUCUAUUUAUGGCACGAUACUUCAAAGCUGUGUCAAAAAAACAAUUCCGAUGAUUUGACUAAGAAACCUGCUUUAUAUUCGAAAUUUCCGCUCAUUUCUAAUUUCCUCACACACAAGCAAAAAAGAAGUCUCUUAAUCCUGCCGCGAUACGAAGUUCUUAAAUUAGCCCGUCUUGGAGCGAAAGUACCAGCUUGCGGUUUUCAUCAUUUAGCGAAAAAUAAUCAAUUAGUUUGGCCAUACCCGUGUUCUAGACCGCUAUUUAAGACUUGUUGGUCAUAUCGUACUUGCAAUGUUACAACUCUCUCCGCAGUCGCCUUGCAACUACGCGUUCUAUGGUGUUGCUUGCGUUGGGAUGAUAUGGCCGCUAAGCCACCUUCCGCCGAUGGAAAGCAUCAAAUGACUACCGAAAAUGAAAUAGUAACAUUAGAAUUGCUGAAAUUUAAAACUGGGGGACGCUAUGGCGAAAGAACUCAAUAUCUGCGACGUAAGGUGGUAAUUCCCUUGGAACUACCAAAAACAGUUCGAGAGGUGACCUCUAUUCGUUCUGGACUUCGGAAACGGAAGAGAGCCGACUCACCUCAACCGACAGAGCCGCAAAUAUCCGAAGAAUGGGUAGACGAGGACAAAUUAGAAUUGUGGGAAAUCAAAUUUAUUGGCGAGAAAGCUGAGAAAUCGAAAUUGAUGACAACGCGGGCUUUUGCACAACGUCAAAACGAGGCGACAAAUAGUCAAAUGACAACAGAUAGCACUUUGAGUAAACCUUCAAAUGUCACCAAACCCACUGACGACGUGAAAGAAACUGUAGAUCAGCAAGUAAAAAUUCAACGAAGUGCAAAUGUACAGAAAAAGUCGAAUGAUAUGUCUAGAGCAUCGACGCAAGCAAAUACACAAGCAAUUGGAAGCCGCCGUGUUAUCGUCAAAAAUCCAGACGGUACCACAAGGAUAAUCCAGCAGUCACCUACUUCAUCUUCAGCGCAAAAGUCGGGUUCAAAUACUUCCACUACUACAUCUUCCUCACAGCAAAUUAGUAGCGAUCAUGCUAAACAAAAUACAUCCCAGCUAGUAAAAGCAUCGUCGUCAUCAACUCCUACGCAGCCUCAACAACAUAAAGUUCAAAUAAUAAGAGGGUCAGACGGAAAGGUAAGCGUUCGCGGUCUCAGUCCUGGUCAGCAAUUGGUCCAAAUGCCAGACGGAAAAUUACAUGUAUUAAGUACAACUGUUUCGACGACUUCCUCCAACGAGGCGAACGGCCAAACUAUUUUGAAUAAAAAAUUAUGUGUUAAAAGCCAAUCGUCACUGUCAAAUUCACCAGUCGUAAAACAAAUAACGGUGAAGCAGAUCGCAAGAGGUUCCAACGUUCAGAAGGUGGCGAGUCCCAUUAAUCAAAUUCGAGGCAACGUAAAGGUGGCAGCAACGCAAGUAAACCAUCAGCCAGUGGUCAAUACUUCUAGUGCACCGAAAGUGCUAUCAAGCGUUGGUCAAGUGACAGCUACCGGUUUAAGUGGUACUAAAAAGAUUUCGAACAAUCAAAAGUUGCAACAAUUAGUUGUACAACCUGGGCAAAAAUUGUUAGUUGGUCAAAAUACUCAAGGACAAAAAGUGAUUAUACAACCUAUACAACAGCCUGCAGCAACUGCAAGCAGUUCUCAAGUUACGGCGACUGUUCAAACCGUUACGAAUCCGCAGCAGACUCGAACCCAAAGUCAACAGCAGCAGAUUGCAACUACAAAUCAGACGCCAACGCAAUCGCAAAAAGUCAUACAGCAAAUCGUUAAUACCAGCAAUGUUCAACAGCAAAUCGUUGUUGGAAGCCAACGAAUAAUACUAAAUCCUGGACAAACAAUUGUGACGCAAAGAUCAGUUCCGCAAAAUCAAACGCUGCAGGUGGUACAAUCCAAACCGGCGCAACCAACUUCGCAAUUACAAACACAUAUGAUAAUGUCUCCACAUCAGUCCACGCAAAUGCAGCAACAAGGCCCGACGAAAAUCAUUAAACAGGUUGUAAUGCAACCCUCACAACAAACACCUGCUAUCAAUGAAACGCAGUAUUCGCAAAGUAUUUCAAAAAGUCAACAACAGUCUUCUAAUAAUUCAUUGGACACUACUAGUUCUAAUUUGGCAAGCAAUCAACAACAGAUUAUUGUACAGAAUUCGGCCUUAGCUCAGCAAUUAGCGCAAGGAAAAUUACAAGUGGCAACAAUUAAUGGCCAGCAAGUAAUAAUUAAGCCGCUCGGCAAUAAUCAGGCUCAAAUCGUGGCCCAUAUUAAAACGCAAAGCGAUGGUAAUGCACAUAUCGUAACAAGUACGAAUACUGAAAAUCAAACAUCUCCAAUCAAGAGUACAGCAUUAGCACCGCAGGAAAAUCCUCAAACGGUGCAAACCAUUUCUAUGCAGCCGGUGGAGCAAGUGGCUACUCAGCAAUCGGUUAUGUCGAUCGAAGAAGGCUUACUACAAGGCCAACCUCCUGGUACGAUUAUCAAAUGUGUAACUGCUCAGGUCAUACAAACCGAGCAAGGUCCACGCAUUGUCCUUCAAGGUUUGGUAGGGAAUGACUUUACGCAACAACAAUUGGUACUUGUCCAGCAACAAGUAAAACAACAAUUACUAAAAGCUCAAGAAUCAAGUGGAAAACAAGGUGUUCUUGGACCAACAAAAAUCUAUAUAGCAGUGCAACCAUCAAACGCAAUAACGCAACCACCACCUUUAACUCCUGUACAUCAAACUCAACAGCAACAAAGUUCAUAUGUAAUAAAUUCGGCAACGGCAGAGAAAUGUAAUAUAACACCAAUAACAACAUCAGCAGCAGCAGCCGCAGCAGCACAAAACACUUUCUCGAAUAUUAGCGAAGCACAUGAAAAUCAUCUUAAUAUAAACUCUCCUUCCAACAAUUUCUCACCAACAAUUACCAAAACGCAAAUAACGAACGUAUGCUCACCAAACAUGUUGUCCUCCACCGAAUUCGAGCAAAAUUUGAAUGGAUCUCGUGAUGAAAUUUUCUCAACAGAAUCUACAAGUGACAGUAAUACUAUAUCACGUGUACGUUCUGCACAAACUGGAACAAUGGUUAAUGCUGAUGGCGUAAACAUUAUUAAAAAGAAAUCAAACUCUCAGGAUUAUAAAUUUAUUGUACAAAACUCAGGAGCCGAUAACAAUAUGUUGCAACAAACUCUGGAACACCACAAGAAUGCUUUGAAAAAUAAUAUACUGAAGAAGCGUUCAUUACUGGAGCAUAGUUUGCAAUUUGAAAUAGAAGGCGAAAUGGUAAAGAAGUCUUCCACAAAUAAAGGAAAACAUGAUAGUGAUUAUUGGCAGUCUUCUGCUUCUUCAGAUACUAAAAAACAUUAUAAACAGAUGAAUAACAAAUCCAACUUGAGUGACACAACUGAUUAUUGCCUAAGAAAUCAACAAAUAAAGCCCAGAAAACUAGGCAAAAAGAAGGAAAAACUUUAUUGUAUAUGCCGUACUCCAUAUGACGAUACUAAAUUUUACGUUGGUUGCGAUAUAUGCAGCAACUGGUUCCAUGGCGAUUGUGUAAAUAUUUCAGAGGAAACAUCGAAAAAACUAUCUGAAUUUAUCUGUGAUGAUUGUAAACGAGCAAGAGAGACACAGGAGUUGUAUUGCUUAUGCCGACAACCCUACGACGAGUCUCAAUUCUAUAUAUGUUGUGAUAAGUGCCAAGACUGGUUUCAUGGACGAUGCGUGGGUAUUGUACAGAGCGAAGCGGAAUUCAUUGAUGAGUAUGUAUGUCCUGCUUGUCAAAAAAAUAACUCUGUGAAUAUGGCAAACAUGAAAUAUUUAACUGAAAAAGAAAUGAUUGAAUUACGGAAGCUUAUUAAACAAAUCCAGUCACACAAAAGCGCUUGGCCCUUUAUGGAGCCCGUUGAUCCCAAGGAAGCACCUGAUUAUUAUAAUGUCAUAAAAGAACCAAUGGGUUAGUAUAAAAACGCUUAAAAAAUGUAGUGAAUACAUUAAUUAAUAUAUCAAUAUUUUAAAACUAUCCGACUAUUUUCGCCAUAAAUGACAAUUCGCCUCGAAAAUCGAAUUGUUUAUGUACAUUUCGCAUAAGCAAAAUAGCGUUGUCGCGAAUUGUACAACUUUUCGAAAAAAAUCCGCACAAUUGACUCUGACAUCGAUUCGUGGUAAAAGACGGUAUGAUACGAAUAAGCUUUAUUCAAGACGGUUACGUCGCGUGUAUUACCGUGCAGGUUUGUUUUAUGUCUGCAAACACGUGAACAUAAUUUAUAAGAUGGGGAUGAACUUUUUUUAUCAACAGAACAAGGUCCAACUAUAUUCUUCUUCCUUCUCAAUCGCUCAUUUUUAUAGUCCAAUGGGCAAGAACAAUAAAAGAAGAAAAAAAAAAUUCGAAAUACGUUUCAUAUUUGGUACAGUUGGCCCAGGUAAUGAAGGGGGAGAUACAGUCCACUUACAGCAAUGCUAUAUGCGAGCAAAUUGAAUUAUUUGAAACGGGCCGAACUCGCCGAAAUCGGAGGCCGGAUGCGUGCCACUGGCCGGCUGAUGCCCAUGCCCGAUUUAGAUAUAACAUUUCAAAAUUCGAAUUCAAAUUAAAAAGAAAAAGAUCUAUCUCUAUUAUAAUCACAAUACGUCUACGUGCACAAAAAACUGCAAUAUGUCUAUUAGGUAGCAAAAGAUUUCACGCCUGUGUGAUCUAAUCGCGACCGUGAAAAUUUUUGAAACUACUUAUUAAUUCGAAUUCGAAGAUGUUCGAUUGAAAAUUCAGUUUUUUUGAGACCGGCUUUAAGGAUGAAUUAAAAUUUCAAAGUCAAAUAAUUUCAAAUUGAUAUUUACAUGGAAUUCUUUAUGUUAUUGUAAUUCGUUACAGAUUUAAAACAAAUAGAAGAAAAAGUCAACAAAAAUAUUUAUUUGAAAUUGUCU